CUUCAUUUUGACCAAUUCCCGGGUUUUGUAACGGCUCAACAUGUUUCGUCCGCCAUCGUCUCCGACUUCAAGCACCAGCAAGCACAUCUCUUGACCAAUCUCCACAUCCAGCAAUCAAUCAGGUUUUUUUUCCCCCAAUCAAACCCUAAUUUUCUCGCUUUUUCUCUCACUUUCUUCCGUUUUCUCUCACAAUCCCAUUAUCUGAUGGUUUUCGUUGCCUAAGAACUCUACACCAAAGCGGGAAAAAAAAAAUGGAGAUAUCGCAUCCGCAAGCCUCAUUCUCUUCAAGCAAAGGAGACUCCACAGAUUUCGAAGCCGAACUCCCGCUCAGUGACAGGCUCAAAGCCUUCAAAUCCUCUAAUUUCGAUCCCGAAGGCUAUGUCACCAAUAAAUGCCGUGCCAUGAGCGAAAAGGAAAUUAGGCACUUGUGCUCAUGCCUUGUGGAUUUGAAGAAGGCAUCGGCUGAGGAGAUGCGCAAAAGUGUGUAUGCUAAUUAUUCAGCUUUUAUUCGUACAUCUAAGGAGAUUUCUGAUCUUGAAGGCCAGCUCCUUUCCUUGAGAAAUCUUCUAUCUAGUCAGGCAGCUCUUGUUCAUGGUUUAGCUGAAGGAGUUCGUCUUGAAUCCUUGUCCGCUGGUUCUGAAGGUUCAAUGACAGAGGACGUAUUUGAUUUCGAAGACAGAGAACCUUCGAAGAUAGAAAAAUGGUUAGCACAAUUUUUAGAGAACCUUGAAGUUUUACUGGCCGAGAGGAGAGUAGACGAAGCUCUUGCCACCCUAGAUGAAGGAGAACGUAUAGCAAAGGAAGCAAAUCAACAGCAGACAUUGACUCCAUCUACACUCUUAUCAUUGAAGACUAUUAUCACAGAACAAAGACAAAGAUUAGCCGAUCGACUUGCAGAGGCUGCUUGCCAGCCUUCUACUCGUAGUGUUGAGCUUCGUUCAGCUGUUCAAGCCCUUAAACAACUCGGGGAUGGUCCACGGGCUCAUAACUUGUUACUCAAAUCUCAUCACCAGAAAUUGCAGUACAAUAUGCAAGGUCUUCGCCCAUCUGGCACUUCGGAUGGAGGGGCAUACACUGCUGCCCUUUCACAACUUGUGUUUUCAACCAUUGCACAAGCGGCAAGUGAUUCUUUGGCAGUUUUUGGGGAUGAACCGGCAUAUGCAUCUGAGCUAGUGACUUGGGCUGUCAAGCAGACUGAGGCUUUCUCUCUUCUCGUGAAGAGACAUGUUUUGGCAUCUUCAGCAGCUGCGGGGAGUCUAAGGGUUGUUGCCGAGUGUGUUCAAAUAUGCUUGGGACACUGUUCCUUGUUAGAAUCACGUGGAUUGGCUCUUUCGCCUGUCCUCUUGAGACUCUUUAGGCCUUGUGUCGAACAAGCAUUGAGUGCUAACUUGAAAAGAAUUGAACAGAGCACAGCUGCAUUUGCUGCUGCAGAUGAUUGGUUACUUGCCUAUCCACCGGUUGGUGGACGACAUAUGAGUACUGCAUCUCUUGGUAGUGUGAUUGCAUCACAACCAAAGCUUUCAAGCAGUGCUCACAGAUUCAAUUCAAUGGCUCAGGAAAUCUGUGAGGAUGUUGGGCCUCUUGAGAGCUUGCAAUUUGCCGACCACGCAUUAGAAGGUCUAGUACAAGGUUUCAGCUCAUAUGUCAAUAUGCUCAUAAAGGCAUUGCCAGGUUCAAUGGAGACUGAGAACUUGGAAGGGUCCGAGAGUAGAAUCGUUAGAAUGGCAGAGACCGAGGCCCAACAAAUAGCUCUACUAGUCAAUGCAUUACUGUUAGCGGAUGAGUUGCUCCCACGUGCUGCUACGAAGCUGUCACCAUUCAACCAUAGUAGUAGAAUUGAUGAGCCCCCUCGGAGAAGUUCAGAGAGGCAAACCCGUGCUGCUCCAGAGCAAAGGGAAUUGAAGAGGCGGCUUCAACGUUUCGUAGAACAGUUGAGAGAUAGCUUCUGUCGACAACAUGCCCUUGAGCUCAUCUUCACAGAAGAUGGUGCCGUACGUCUGAGUGCAGAGAUGUAUAUAGGCAUGGAUGGAAGUGCAGAUGAGCCGGAGUGGUUUCCUUCUCCGAUAUAUCAGGAACUUUUUGCAAAGCUGACUCGGAUUGCAAGCAUUGCAUCAGACAUGUUUGUGGGAAGGGAAAGGUUUGCGACAAUAUUAUUGAUGAGACUUACAGAGACUGUCAUCUUGUGGCUCUCUGAUGACCAAACCUUUUGGGAAGAGAUUGAAGAGGGACCAAGGCCUCUGGGCCCUCUAGGCCUUCAACAGUUCUAUUUGGACAUGGAGUUUGUGAUACUCUUUUCAUCCCAAGGCCGUUACUUAUCUCGAAAUCUUCAUCAAGUUAUCAAAAAUAUCAUAGGUAGAGCUAUUGAAUCAGUUGCUGCAACUGGAAUAGAUCCUUACAGUGUUUUGCCAGAGGAUGACUGGUUUGCUGAUGUUGCUCAAAUAGCAAUAAAGAUGUUGACAGGAAAGGCCAAUUUUGGCAAUGUAGAUCAAGACAUUACCAGCCCCACUGCAUCUGUAUCUGCAAGAUCUACCCUAUCUCAUGGAAGCAACUAGUUUUUGUGUAUCACCACUGUGGGCAUGUUAUAGGGAAAGGGCCAGGUAUUUGUCCAUAUCUUUCUGGAUCCUCUGUACCCAAAAUUUUAUGUUACUGUGUACCGAAUGCAUUCUGCGUCAUACAAUAUGAUAUAAAUCUCAAAAUACAGGAAUCUAGCGGCAUGAUCAUUCUGCUAAGAGUGCAUUUGGUAUAGGGAAACAUGAAUUUUGGAUAGAGAGGAUCCCAUGUCAGUAUAUGAAAAUCAAGAGAUCUGCACUUUAUGAUAUUCCUCUGAAACUAACUCAAGCACACUUGCCUGUAAGCAUUGUAAAUUUGAAAACUUCUAUUCACAACUCCCUAGUAGGAUGUUUUAAUGGGCCUAAAUAUUGUACCAUUUGGAUGUUUCUAACCAUAUCCAAUUUUUGGUGCUUGUGACA